AUGCGGCGUGUCACUGGAGAGGCCAGUGAAGCGAAGGACCUGGACGCCCGCUGGCUGCUGUACCGCUCCCCAGCAAGCCCCAACCCAACGAAGGCUGUAGGCGGCUUUCUGCGUCUGGGCCGCUUUCGACCGUGGCACAUCAAACACGACGGCUACUCCUACUUGCACUGCAUUGCGAUGCGGAACGGUGGUGCGGACGGCUUCACCGUGGAGGCAGAGAGGGGCGCAUCGGCCGCCCUGUUAUCAGCGAAGCAGGCAGCCGGGAAGAAAAAGAAUGGCGCCUCCCCGACUGCGCCGCUGCCAAGGGCGGAUGCUGCAUCCCAAAAGACAGGCAGCGGUGCCGUGACAAACAAUCCCACCGAGGUGGUCUCGGAUCCAGGGUCGGGAAAAUAG